CCUAUUUUUCAUGUAGGAUCUUGCGAAUGCAAAAGCUUUUGAUGUAUACUCGAUGAGGAUACUCGGAUGCCAUGAUCGCGCCCAUCGUCCUCCUCUACGCUAUAUGUUUGAGGUCGGAUGGAAUAUUUUAUUCCAAUUGUUCAUCUACCGCCGGAAAUUUGUGGCAAAUGGCCCUUGUGGCACAAGAGUGAUCCUAUCCAACAGUCAAUUACAUAUCUGAUAAUGUGUUGCCACAAAAUUCUCUGUCAAAGCUGCCAACUGCCAAGCAGCCAAGCAGGCCCAUCCUGGAGCAUUUAUCUACCCGGAGACAUUCGUUGCCACGCACGCACCGUUAUCCUCUUGGGGUUUGAUUGGUUUGAUGUCCGCCGGAGCCUGGCUCUGUACCAGCGGUGCAGGCUCCUAUUGGCCAGGCUCACGAGAUGCAGAGGCCUUUUGUUUGGUUCCCGUGUGGAUGCAGCCAGGCUAACAGGUUGCCUGCAAAACUAGCAUGCCCAGCUGCUUUUGCUCCUCUGCGCGUAGCUCGCGCGCACACCAGCGCGCCGCGCGAGCCUGUAUGAGCGGAAACGAACAAAAAUUCUGCAUCACGCGAGCUAUGCCGGAGGACAGCUUUCGCAUGGCGAGGGCCUGGCCACGCCUCUAGUCCAGACAAACCAAUCAGGGCACCUUGCAUUCUACGGGCCUGGAUGACCGAAAUGCAGGCAUCCUUUCUGUCCCUCUUGUGUGUACUUCCCUCGCUCCUUUCCCCACCUUCUCUCGUGGAAACCCGACUGAAACUCUGAGCAGCCAACGAAUCCCAAUUCAAGCUCCACGUCCACUAGUAGUUUCAGGAUUCUUGCCUGCGAUUACUUUCCUCUCUGCAACCCGUACGUCGCCGAUCGCCAUGUCAGGGCAGAGCUCGAGCCCCUAUGGCGAGACUGACACUGGCACGGACACGGCGCCCACCACCGCCGGCAGCAGCAUCCGUUGGGCGCCGCACGGCCGCGCCAUGACGGCCUGCCUCGUCGCCGUCAACGUCGCGCUCGUCUCCCUCGUCUACCUCUACUUCUGGCGGUUGUUCUCACGCAAGCGCGCCGCGUCCUCCUCCUCCGCCGCCGCCGACGAGGAGGACGGCGCGUCGUCCUCUGCCUCGGUGCCGUCCUCGCCGGCGAUGGCCCGGGACGAGGAGCAGCAGCAGCGCCGGCACGACCGCCUCCUGGCGUCGCUGCCGCCGUCGUUCGUCGCGCGCCCCGGCGCCGGCGCCGGCGCGGAGUGCGCGGUGUGCAUCGCGGAGCUGCUGGACGGAGACGAGGCGCGCGCGCUGCCGCGGUGCGGGCACCGGUUCCACGCCGCGUGCGUCGACGCCUGGCUGCGGCGGCGGCACACCACCUGCCCGCUCUGCCGGGCCAGCGUCGUCGUCGCCGCCGCGGAGGAUGUGGACGCGCCGGUCUAGCUGGUCGCCACCGAUCAUUGGUGUGUGAGUGAAGCGAAGAAAUUGGGACGUCACGUUGCGGUCUUCCGUCAACGAAGAGGUCGUUGUCGCAGCGGCAUUAUCUUUGUUUGGAUGACUCCAAACCAGGAAGCCGGCCAGAAACGGCGAGUUCUGCAGAUCGUGACAAAUUGCCACAAAGCUGAACGGAUGAAAUGGGCACCGCUCGGAUUGCAACUUGCGUUUUGCGCACCUUUUACCUUUUGGGCAAAAAAAUAUUCAAUUACUUGGAAUCCCCGUCAGUUCCAUAUGCGCCUGUAACUGCAAAUUCUCUCUUUGCAUGUUAUUUUCAGGACCACCUACUAGACGUGCUUCUGAUCCAUCCUUCAAAAGGAGAGCCAAAUCAAGAAUGAAGUAGGCAUUUUGCAUGUUGAAGACAACGGCAACGUAGAUUUUUGCCGAGCAUGGAUGGUGUUUCUUCUGUCCUAAAUUGUAGGUCGUUUUGACUUUUCUAGGUGCAUAGUUUUUGCUAUGCAUGUAUGUCUAAAUUCAUACAAAUACAUAUAAACUUGGAAAAAAUCAAAACGACCUACAAUUUGAAACGGAGGAAAUAUAUUUUAAUAGACUUAGCGCUUAGUUGGCCAUUUGAAAUUGCUUAUGUUUCUACUUUUUGUUGCUUUUUGAGAGCUUGUUUUAAUUAGCCGGAGGAUGGAACUGUAAUAACGAAUGCUUGAGUGCAAAGCUCGUGAAGAGGUCGGAAUAUUUUUUUUUAAAAAAAUACAAAUUAUUCAAAGUA